AUGAUAGAAUUUGCUGUGUCACACGUUUUCUUUCUUCUCUCAUCUGAUGGAUCAGUGUUCAUAGAAAAGCAACUAGUGUCUCCACUGCAGCACGCAAAUCUUAAUAAAUCUCGCUCAUCUGAGGAUUUUGAAGCACAUGGACCCAGGAAAUUUACAUUUGAAGAGCUAGCAAUUGCAACACGUCAUUUCUCCAACAAUAAUGUUCUUAGCAUUGGCGAUUUUGGGGAUGUGUACAAGGGAAUCCUUCCAAACGGUGAGACCAUUGCUAUUAAGAAACUUACAUAUGUUGACGAACAGCUGGAAGAAGAAUUCGAGAAUCAGAUUAUGGCAGUUGGCAAGGUUCGUCACCGAAAUCUUGUUAGGCUGAUUGGCUACUGCUGUGAAGAAUACGAUAAAUUGCUUGUUUUAGAGUUUAUUCCCAAUAAAUCCUUGAGAUUUCAUCUAAGUGAUACAAAGCAAAGAUCAAACUUGGAGUGGUCAAAAAGAAUGAAAAUUGCUAUAGACUCUGCAAAAGGUUUGGAAUAUCUACAUGAACACUAUCAUCACUCUAAAAUUAUCCACAAAGACAUUAAGGCAGAAAAUGUUCUUUUAGAUGAGAACUUUACACCAAAGAUUGUUGAUUUUGGGCUUGCUGAAUUUUUUCCAAAAACUGAUCCCAGACGCAUCUCCGCUGAUCGAAAAGAAGCUAGCGCUUAUACAGAUCCAAAAAUUUCCGAUUCUCAAUCAAUUUUUGAUGGAUCGGAUACUUAUUCUUUUGGUAUUGUCCUUUUGGAGCUUAUUACCGGCGGAAGAAAUAAAGAUACCGUGAAUUGGGUAAGCUCUAAUACUAAACAAUAUAAAUAA